AAAUAAUCAAAAAGUGUUGUACCAAAUUACCAAUAGAUAUUAAAGUGUACAAAAAUAAUACAAAAUUGGAACCAUUAAUUAUUAUUUGUUUUUAUUACCAAACAAACAAAUAUAUUAUUAGUUUUCUAUAUAAGGCUAUACACGGAUGUAUAUCCUCUCACUCACUUCUUUCAUAUUUAUUUGCUCUCUCACCACUCGUUUGUGAAAAAAUCGGCAAUGGCGGACGAGGUGAUUCUGUUGGAUUUCUGGCCCAGCAUGUUCGGCAUGAGAGCCAGAAUAGCUUUGACUGAAAAGGGUGUUAAGUACGAGUACAGGGACGAGGAUCUGAGGGACAAAAGUCCCCUGCUUCUGAAGAUGAACCCUAUUCACAAGAAGAUUCCGGUAUUGAUUCACAAUGGAAAGCCCGUAUGUGAGUCGCUCGUUAUUUUGCAGUACAUCGAUGAGGUUUGGCCUGGAAAUUCCCCUUUGCUUUCUUCUGAUCCUUACCAGAGAGCACAAGCUAGGUUUUGGGCUGACUACAUCGACAAGAAGGUCUAUGAUUGUGGAAGGAAGAUAUGGAGCACAAAAGGAGAAGAGCAAGAAGCAGCCAAGAAGGAAUACAUAGAAAUUUUGAAGGUGUUGGAAGCAGAGCUUGGAGAGAAGCCAUACUUUGGAGGCGACAACUUUGGGUUUGUAGAUGUUGCCCUUAUAGGAUACUACAGCUGGUUUUCUGCCUAUGAGAGCUAUGGGAACUUCAGCAUUGAAGCCGAGUGUCCCAAAUUCAUUACUUGGGCCAAGAGGUGCCUGCAGAGGGAGAGUGUCUCCAAAACUCUGCCUGAUGGGAAAAAGGUAUGCGAAUUCGUUAGCGUAUUGAGGAACAAGUUUGGCAUUGAAUAAUAGAGAAGUCAGAAAAGCCUGUGGUGCUGCUUUUGGAAGAUGGUUUAGUCAAAUACAUGAAUGAGCCAAAUCUUUUUUAUUAUGUGUUUUUGUCUUUGUUGGGGUUGUUGUGCUUUCCUUUGUGCCUGGUUGCAGCUAGUUGAGUUAGCUAAUUAGACACUUGUUGUGUCUAAUUAUGUUCUGUUAGAACAGCUGACUUGUUUAUCCUAUGGCCAAUAUAAAUAAAAAGCUUCACCAGUAGUUAACAA